AUGGCAUUGUUCUCGAACGAAACAGGCAUAGCGAUUGCUUUUCUCCUAGUGGUUUCAGGGGGUGUUGCACUGGUGAUCGCGAAUCUCGUCAGGGUGGUGGAUGACGACAACACUGGCACGGUAUCAGCAUGUGGAAAGACGCUCAAUUCUCUCCGCAAUCGAAUCGCAAACGGCAUACCUCUGACGUCGAUCAAGAUCGUCCUUGUGGCCUGGCAGAUUGUUACUCAGUUUUCGUCGGUGGUGAACGUGGUGUACCCUGACGUCUACGAGAAGUUCCUGUCCAUUCUGAACCUGGUAAACUUCAACUUCGGUUUCAUCUUGUCGGCCUCAUGCGUCGUGGACACCAACUUCUAUGGUCGUCUCCUGUUCGCGACGAUCGGGCCGCUGGUCGUGUUGGGAGCUCUAGCCCUGACGUACGCCGUUUCGAGGUCACGGAACCGCCACUCUCCUGCCGGGAUACAAACCGCCAAGCACAAGCACCUCUCGAUCGCGCUGUUCAUCAUGUUCGUCGUCUACUCGUCGGUAUCAUUCAACAUAUUCCAAACCUUCGUUUGCGAGACGCUCGACGACGGAGUGGAGUACCUGCGGGCGGACUACAGCCUGGUCUGCUCGACUGACACCCACACGGCGAUGAAGGUGUACGCCGGCCUGAUGAUCUUUGUGUACCCUUUCGGCAUCCCUGCCUUCUUCACGCUCUGGCUCGUUUCUAACCGACACGACCUCGUGAAGGUUGACGCCAAUGGCGGUUCCACGGCAACCGCUAAAUCUUUGGGCAACCUUCAGCCCAUGCGAGAUCUGUGGGCUCCCUACAAACCCCGCAGGUACUACUUCGAAGUGGUGGAAUGUGGUCGGCGGAUUGCGCUGACAGGUCUGGCCGUCUUUAUAUACCCCGGCAGCGCGGCGCAGGUGGCUCUGGAGGUGGUGUUCGCCGCGUUUUUCAUCGGGAUUUCCGAUGUCCUGUCGCCCUUCGCGGACCCCCUAGAUGCGUGGCUGUAUCGCUCUGGCGCGUGGGUGAUUUUCAUCAGCAUGUUCCUCACGCUUCUGCUGAAAGUUGACGCGUCGGACGAGGACAGUCAGAGCCAAGAGCUUUUCGCGAAGCUACUCAUCUCGGCGCAUGUCGGCAUGGUGUUGGCGAUAGCCGUCCAGGCCGUGCUCUCCGUGAAGGGCAGCCUUGUGGCUAUGCGGGACCAACCGAUUCCAAUCCAAGGCUUCCGGCGCGCGAGCCUCGCAGAGGUUUGCGAUGGGGAGAGUGAUGCUGGCAUCAAAAGGGCAGCACCAUGGUCAGAAGCGGAUGAAACCGGUAGCAGGCGCACAAUACCGGCGUGAGAGUCACUUUGAUUCACGGGACGCCUUGACCCGAGGUUUCGCUGACGUCUGG